GCGCCUGCGCCCGUGCUCAAGAACACACAUCUGUACCUCUGCUCAGAAGCCGGUUUCGAAGGCGCUUGUGAAAACGUGCAGGUUGAUCUGGGGAAAUGCUACAAUGCGGACGAUAAGUUGAACGAUAAGAUAUCGUCGACGGGGCCGGAUAAGGGGUAUUUCUGCACGGCGUAUCCGGAUUUCGACUGUAGCGGAAAGGCAUUUCCAUUCGUAAAUCCGGGCAUCUGGGAUUUGGCGAACUAUGGCUUUGGAGACAUUAUCAGCUCGUGGAGGUGUGAUGAGUUGGGUGGACUGGAUGAUUGA